AUGAGCCUCCUAUCGACAUUUCGACCAGGUCAAAACGACGGCAUGGACAGCAGCUCCUCCAGCCCGCCGCCGCACAUGGAUCUCAAGCAUGAGCAGCAGAACUAUGGCGGCGAAGCCCCGGCUGUUCGUCGCCCGUCCAAGGCUGAUGGCGCCGACGGCAUGCUCGAGGGUCUGGGCUACAAGCCCGAGUUGACCCGUUCGCGCUCGACUCUCCAGGUGGCCUUCAUGUCGUUCGUGCUCGCCUCGAUCCCGUGGGGUCUGUCCACGACGCUCUACUACCCAUUGGUCAACGGUGGCCCCGUCACCAUCAUCUGGGGUUGGAUCCUCGUCUCUGCCAUUAUCCUCUGCGUGGCUGCCUCUCUUGGCGUGUACUACCAGGCCUUCAUGCUCGCACCCGCUCGCUGGCAACGCGUCGCGAGUUGGAUCUGCGGCUGGCUGUACCUGGUUGGUAACAUUACCAUUACCCUGUCCGUGACAUUCGGCGCCACGACCUUUAUCGUCGCCUGCAUCAACGUCUUCGAGUCCUCGCCCGGGGCUAGUGAUGUCUUCCCCGGCACCACCUGGCAGAUCUGGCUGCUCUUCCUCGCCAUCACUCUCGUGUGCAAUGCCAUCUCGGCCCUCGGGAACAAGUGGCUGCCCAUGCUCGACACGGCUGCCAUCUUCUGGACCUUUGCCGGUGUGAUUGCCAUGGUCAUCUCCGUCCUGGUCCUCGCCAAGGAGGGCCGCCGCAGCGCCAACUACGUCUUCACCCACUGGGACAACUCUUCCGGCUGGCCCAACGGCUGGUCCUUUUUCGUCGGCCUGCUGCACGCCGGCUACGCCACAUCGUCGACCGGCAUGAUCAUCAGCAUGUGCGAGGAGGUCAGGGACCCCUCCACCCAGGUGCCCAAGGCCAUGGUGGCGACCAUUGUCAUCAACACCCUCGGCGGCCUCCUCUUCCUCAUCCCCAUUGUCUUUGUCCUCCCGGACAUCCAGAUGCUCAUCAACAUCGAGUCCGCCCAGCCCAUCCCCACCAUCUUCAAGUCGGCCGUCGGCUCGGCCGGUGGUGCCUUUGGCCUCCUCAUCCCCCUCAUCGCCCUGUGCCUCAUGUGCAGCAUCGCGUGCACAACGGCCACCUCGCGUUGCGUGUGGGCCUUUGCCCGUGACGGCGCUAUUCCCGGCGCCAAGUUGUGGAUGAAGGUCAACAAGAAGCUCGACGUGCCCGUGAACGCCAUGAUGCUCAGCAUGAUCGUCCAGCUGGCCCUCGGUCUCAUCUACUUUGGCUCGACCCUUGCGUUCAACGCCUUCUCCGGUGUCGGUGUCAUCUGCUUGACUGCUGCCUAUGCCUGCCCCAUUGCCAUCAACCUCUUCACUGGCCGCAAGCAGGUCAGGAAGGGCAACUUCUUCCUCGGCCCCCUGGGUUACUUUACCAACAUUGUCGCUCUCGCCUGGACACUGUUGGCUCUGCCUCUCUUCUGUAUGCCCACGUCGAUCCCCGUCACGGCCGACACGCUCAACUAUGCCUUCGCCGUGUUCAUCGGCGCUGCUGCGAUCUCCGGCAUCUGGUACGCUAUCUGGGGAUACAACAACUACGCUGGUCCUCCUACCCAGGAGGAGGAGCUGUAA